AUGGGAGAAUUAAAUUUCUUCCUCGGACUGCAAAUAAAGCAAUCUGAGAAAGGAAUCAUGAUCCAUCAACAAAAGUAUAUCAAGGAACUGAUCAAGAAAUACAAACUUGAAAAUUCUGAGACAAAUGAUACUCCAAUGGGCAUUGCAACCAGAUUGGAUGAUGAUCCAUCUGGAACUUGUGUUGAUCAACCUAUGUACAGAGGUAUGAUAGGUUCUUUACUUUACUUAACAACUAGUAGACCUGACAUAUCUUUCAGUGUAGGUUUGUGUGCCGGGUUCCAAGCAAACCCAAAGGAGUCUCACUUGAAAGCAGUAAAGAGAAUCCUUAGAUACUUGGAAGGAACUGAUGACUUGUGUCUCUUCUAUCCUAGAAGUGACUCAUUUGAUUUACAUGGAUUUACUGAUGCUGACUAUGCAGGUGAUUUAGUGAAUAGAAAAAGCACUUCAGGUAUGGUACAGUUUUUAGGACCUUGUUUAGUUUCUUGGGGUUCCAAGAAGCAAAACAUAGUUUCUUUAUCUAUAGAUGAAGCUGAAUACGUGGCAGCAGCAGCAUGUUGUUCACAAUUCAGCACUCUAAGAUAUUUUGACCAAACCCUUGAACAGAGAAAGAUUUGUGAAAUUGAGACUGGAACUUGGAAUGAUCAAGAUGAAUUGAUUGCUUCUGAAGUUCCUAGAUAUGGAAAAGUCAGGGAUAAUGGAAAUAAAGCGAAAAGAGCAUUUAACACAAUUUUGGUGUGA